AGGCCUCCAUGGUGGCCACGCAGCUGGAGCUGCAGGUCAAGGCGGAAGCGUUCGACAGGCAGUUCGCCCAGAAAUUGGACGCGUACGGGCACGGGUCAGUGCCGCAGCAGCCGCGGGGCCUCUCCGACGCCGCCGCGCCGCAGCGCAACGCCUCGGCCGCCCCCGCGCGCCAGGAGUUCCCCGACCUCGGUAGCCUUGGCGACGGCCUCCUCGACGCGCUGGGUGCCAGGGCCGAGCAGGUGGCCCCCGACAUGACCGCGCUGGACGUGGCGAACAUCUUCCACGCCUACGCGCUGCUCCUCAGCCCGCCCAGCGAGGGGCUCCUGGAGGCGCUCGGCCGCAGGGCGCAGCAGACGGCCGGCGACAUGGGCGGGCGGGAGGUGGCCAGCGUGCUGGACGCCUUUGCGCGCCUGGGCGAGACGCCGCAGGUGGCUGCCGAAGGUCACAUCGGUGCGGGAAGAUCAUGACCACGAGGGGGGUGCGGUUCAUUGGCUGGAUGGAGCCCAUCGGCAUGUUCAUGCCAUGAGAAUGGCAGGGCCGCCGCGAGGGAGAGGGCGAGGAGCUUGAUGGCGAGGUAUGCCAUUAUCCCAUUCGGGGUGGCGGCUGUGCGGUCGAUGGGGUUGCCUUUCAUGGCCGCCAGCGGGUUGAAGGCCAUGCCCCCUCGGGACCUGUACUGGGGCCGCGAUGCCGAUGGUUUGGAACGCCGAAUCGGCGACAUGAGCGCGACGGGG